CUCGCCCCGUGGUGAGGCCAUUCAUGAAAGCCCAGAUUGUUCGUUAUAACGAGAUCCUGUCAAUGGCUGUGAUUGUGGACUUCGCUGGCGAUCCAGCUACCCCAAUCACUCCGCAAAACGCCACAUGGACAAAGGCGCAAAACCACUCAUGGAGCGGAGAGAGAUUGUUGUCUCCGAAUCGAUUGAACUUGACAAUCAACAGAUCCCGCUAUUCAGAUGCUGGAACAUACACAAUGUGUCUGACGAAUGUUGCUGGCUCUGCAUGUGUUAACUUUACCAUCCGCUAUAUCGAUGAAAUCCAAAUUAUGAGCCCGACAGAAUCCGUUCGCGUCAAUCAGCUGCAAUCGGCUACAUUCUCCUGCAAUGCCAGUGGUUAUCCUGCACCAAUCAUCUCAUGGUACUACAAUGGAAGGCAGCUUGCUAACACCAAGACGGUGAGCAUCCGAUCGACAACAUUUACAACUGACGCCCUAUCGCGUAAAGGCAGUCACGGCAUCAGUUCGGUAUUACACCUAAGAAACGUGACGAACGAGCACAAUAAGGGAUCUUACACCUGUACUGCUACGAACAGUGACGGCUCUAAUGCAAACAGCACCGCGGAGUUGAAGGUGUUUGUCCCAACAGUUCCGAUUUCACCACCAGCAAGCAUCAAUGCAUCGGAAAGUGGCACAGUUCAACUUACAUGCAAUAUGUACGGAGUCCCACAACCGAGCGUUGAGUGGUACAAGGACGGAAAAAUUGCCAAGGUCUCCGAACGCCAUAUUUUGGUGGAUAAUAACCGUACCUUGAUCAUCGCUAAUUUGGAGUACAGUGAUCGCGGCGACUUUCAUUGUUUCGCCGACAACAGAGAUACCAGCAAUCCAGCUCUGGGAGGAUAUUCGAUUGGCCAACCAACCACCGUUGAUGUUUAUGUCGCUCCACAGAUCGUUACAUCACCGCGAAAUGUUACCCUGACUCAGCAUACACUAUCAUCAUUUAGCUUGCACUGUGUUUCAUUUGGUAAUCCACGCCCAAAUAUGUAUUGGCUACAUAAGGGUUUACCCGCGUCUCGGAAGCCAACAAUUAGAGAAGUAGCGAGUGCUAAUGCCACUUUUCCAGCGUUGUAUGAUACCAGCAUCGAACUGCGUCGUGUCUCCUUUUGGGAACGUGGUACAUACACGUGUGUGAGCGAGGUGAACGGCGCAGGCUUUGUCAACGCCAGUCAGCUAAGUGGGACUGUGCAAGCAUCCGCAACUCUCACAGUCAAUACUUAUCCAACAUUCCUACAGGCCACUUCACCGUCCAAGGUGGUGUUUCCAAACCAGAUCAACGUGACAUGCAGUUACAGUGGGUAUCCCUUACCCAUCAUCACCUUCCAAGCUCCUGGUUUGAUUGAUGAGCAGGUUCAUGCCAUGACUACGUCCAUCAUAGGUUUUCUACCAGAUGGCCUCCCAUAUCGCCGAAGUACUUUGAUAGUUAAGCGCUCCAGACUGAUCGAUAGUGGGAGAUACGCAUGUGUUGGCAUGAAUCCAGUGGGAACAGCAAUUGAUACAGUUCCAGUACUGCUGGUUCUUGGUGUUCCUGAUGCUCCUAGUUUACCAGUACUGAAGCAGAAUGUGCCAAAUAUGGUAACCAUAGCGUGGAGCAGGCCGGAUGAUAACAACGCAGCCAUCGCUAAUUAUACUAUCCA